ACACGCCCACCAAUGAGAACGCGGAGGGGCCGCCGCGUUCCACUGUUGCUGCGCGACCCCAGCCGGGGCGUUCCAGAGUCGCUACGAAGCGCCUGGUCGGGUCCGGUCCCUGCGGAGCCGUUUGCCCCGGAGCCAGACCCCCUUCCCGGCACGGCCAGGCAGCAUGGCCGACAUGGAGCUGGACGGGGGCCGAGCCACCCUGGAGGAGGAUGGCAGCAAACCCGAUCUGGAGACAGCGGAGCCGCCGUCCUGUCCUGAGACUGCAGGCGCCCGGGCAAAGGACCAUUGCGAUUCCCUACUGGACUCCAUCGACGCUCAGCUCAGCCAGCUGCUGUGGCAGGGCCGUGGUGCAGGAGUCGCGGGUGGGCGCACGAAUGGAGACACCUCCUUGGAAUGCUCCCCCAAGGCCCCCCGGGCAGCAGAGAUGGAAGGAUGCUGUGCAAACCAGGACGGCACCCCCUGGGACGAAGCCGGCCCCUCUCGGAAGGAGGAGUACGGCUGGAGGCUGAUGCAUCUCCUUGGCUCUGAGCAAGCCCCGGAGAACCUGGGGGACCAGAGCGACUCGAAUUCCAUCUGCACGGAGGACUUUGCUGCGACGUUUCGGGAAGGCAUGGUCGACCCCCUGGGGAAUUCCGAUGGGGAAGGGGAUGUGCCAGCUGGGGGUUUCCCAGCCGGAGACUCUGCUGAGGAAGGGCGCGUCACGGGAAUCAAAGCCAGGCCCGCUGGUCUCUGCCCCACCGUGGAGGCGUGUGGGGCCGCUGCAGAGGGCUUCAUGCUCAAUACAGCGAAGAGGCCGCACAUCCUGCAGCGGUUUGAGGAGGGGCUAGAAGGGGACUCAGCCCUGGCUUUGUCCAGCAGCGUGGAAGGGCCCCAGUCCCUGAGCUCCAGGACCAGGAGAGAGAGCCUGGAGUCUCUGGGGGGCAGGAUAUCCAGGCUGAGUCAGACCAACACCACGGACACCCCAAGCAGCACGGACACGGGGAAAGCCAGUGUCACGGGAAGCCGGGCUCCUGGACUAGCUCCACCUGAACGGGUGGAGAUCUCGGUGGAAAGCGUUCCUUGGCCCCUGGAGAGCUCUUCCAGAUGGGGCCAGGACUCCCGGGAGAACUCCCGACCUUUCAGCAGCCCGUUGCUCGUGGAGGAGCUGGGUCCCAGCCAGCCACUCAGAGCUCUGGGUGCCGGUGCCGGCACGAGAGCCUGGACCAGAGAGUCCCAGCCUGUGAGGACAGCUCCGAGUCCGUCUGGGAGGAGACAGACUGAGUAUGGGCACGUCUGGUCCGACAGCCCCUCUCACUCCGCACCCACAGCAGCCCAUGGCAGCCCUUCACUGGCCUCCAAAGGGGAGAAGAGCCCCCGGCUAAUAGCAUCCCCCUGCCCCGACCAAGGGCUGCCCCCGGAGACGCUGGGAGAUCAGGGCUCAGCUUUGCAAGGGUUUGGUGCCACCACACAGCUGGCUAGUAGCCCUGAAAGCGCCCAGACACCCGCAGCUGGGGUUAGCGAUGGCUGCGUGGUGACGCAGGGCGGGACUGGUCCGGGAGAUCCUGAGAGGGAGGCUCCAGAGCUGCUGCAACAAGGAUCGGUGAUUCCCCGGGGACCGUCUGGAAGGGGCGUCACUCAUGCUGCGGCUAGCGGGGGCAGGGAGGGAAUCUGGCGGAGCUGGGAGCUGCAGGCUGGGCCAGCGGAGAGGGGAGCUCGCGGCCUGACACUGUGUCCUGACCCAGAGCCGGGCGUCUCCGAGAGUCGUGGGAUGCAGAGCAGCCUGAGCGCAGCUUGGGACGAGGUCUAUCUGGGGCCCUGCAAGUACAAGCACGUGGCUGGCGUCCCCGUCACCAGUUUCGACACCGUCACCAUCGACAGUGACCUGGACUCGGUGAGGACGGAGACAGUCCAGGUUCACCUCCGCAAGGCCAUCGGCCGCCGGAGAGCUCCGGGCCGCAGCACCAAGGGGCCCCGCUGCCCACGGAGAGACUCGUCGGGGUGCCUGGGCUCCAGCAGUGCAGUCACUGACGAAGAGGAGGAGGAGGAGGAAGAGGUCCUGUGGUCUCGUGGCAGCGCCGACUGGAGGAGCAGCAGCCCUGCGAGGUGGAGCUCAAUGCCAAGCAGGGCAGAGGCCAGCUGGGAGGGUACCAGGAAGGAAGCCUGCCUGGAGCACCAGGACCUGGGCGCUGAAGAGGAGAGGCUGUUGCAGAGGAAAUCCCAGCUACACGAGGCUGACUUGUCCCUGAGUGACAUCCGGGGUCAGAAAAAGCGCGCGGUCCAGGACCUGGAGUUGCUGCGUGGGGCCCUGGAGAGGAGCCAGAAGGAGGCGGAGAUGCUGGAGUCCUGCCUGAAGGAGACUCGGAGCAAAGCGGAUGAAGCCAGGGCGGACCUGCUGCUGCUGCAGUACAGGCGGGACUCGUGCCUGCGGGAGCUGCCGGAGCUGGAGAAGGAGCUGAGCACGCUGAGACGGCAGCGCUCCACCAUGCACAGCACCCAGCUGGGGGCCUUCCAGGCCGAGGUCGCCUCGCUAGCGGCCGAGCGGGAGGAGCUGAAGUCCCGUGUGCGUCACCUGGAGGGCAGCUUGUCCUUCCUGGAGCGCCAGGAGCUGGAGCGCCAGCUGAGCUGCUGCAAGGCAGAGUUGUUCUCUGAGCAGCGGGCAGCCAGAGCCAGGACCGAGGAGCUGCAGGAGUGCCUGGAGGAAGCUCAGAACAAGCUGGAGGAGAGGACGGCAGAGGGGACGGAGCUGCAGGAGGAGACCACGCGACUGAGACUGCAGCUCAGGGAGCUGGAGAGGAAACAGGCAGCAGCUCUGAGUGGGCAGAUCCGAGACCUCCGAGUGCGGGAGACGGAGCAGGAGCUGAGACGCUCUGCUCUGGAGAAGAUCGUGUCGGAGAAGGAGCUCGAGCUGGUGAGGCUGCGAGAGGUCGUCUGUGCCCUUACGGCUGAGAAGGAAGCGCAGCAACGUGCUAUGGAGAACCUGAGAGAAGAACAUGACAGGCAGCUGGGGAAGAUGCAGCAGGAGAAGGAGCUGGAGUGGGCCCAGCAGAGGGAGGAGCUGCAGUGUCUGAAGCAGCAGGAGCUCCAGGAGUUUGCAGAGAGUUUGGAGCAGGUGAAGGCCAGGGCCCUCCAGGAUCAAGCCGCCUCCUUCCAGAAGGAAGUGGAGAAUCUCACCAGGGUGAUCGAGGCCCGAGAUGAAGAGGUUCGGAGACAGCGGGAGGCCAUGCAGCGACAGAAGGAGUCUACCCAGCAGCUGGUCAGAGAGCUGAAGCAGGAAGCCAAGGAGAUGGUUCAGAGCGCUCUGCUUCAAGAGCAAAGGAAGUGGGAGGCUGAGAAGAGGGAAGCGCUCCAGGUGCAGCGUGGGACGCUGGAAGAGCAGAGUCAGAGAGCGCAUGCGGAGGCCCUGGACAAAGGGAAGAGGAUGGUGUCAGUUUUGCAGAAUAAAACCCUGGAGUACCAGAAGAGGAUUCAGGAGCUGGAGCUCCACGGCCACUCGCUCCAGCGGGAGAAGCAGGAGGCGCUGGAAGAGCUGCGGACGCUGCUGCAGGAGGAGAAGACGGAGGCACUAAGGAGACUGCGCGAGGAGCUGGAGCAGGAGAAGGCUCGUGAGAGUGACCGGCUGAGAGCGAGGCUGCAGCAGGUGGAGGAGGAGCAGAGCCACUUACGGGCUGAGCAGAACGAAAUGUCCUUCCGGGAGCGGGAGGCGCAGUCCCAAGCCGAGCGGGCUGAGCGCUCCCUGGCCAGGGAGAUCGGCUUGGCAUGCCAACGCCUCCAGGACCUGCUUCCCGAGAGAGGCAGGGGGCCGAUGGCUCAUGGGAGCCCAUCUCCCCUCUCGGCCAGCCACGCACUCCAGCUCCUGCAUGCAGCGACCGAGGACACCCAGCGCUACCUCGGAGCCUUGCAGCAGGAGCUGGAAGCUCAGAAACGCACCGUGCUUCACUUCCAGGAGGAGAAGGAGUGGGAGCUGAGGCAGCAGCGAGAGCAGCUUCACUUGGAGAGCCAGGAAGCCCUGGAGGCCCUGAAGGAGCGGCUGAUCCAAGAGCAUCUCCAGGAGAUGGCCAGCCUGCAGGGCAGCCAGCUGAAGGAGGCCGGGGGUGGGGAGCAGCAGACGCUGCGCCAGCAGCUGCGGGAGAAGGACAACGAGCUGCGGGCCAUCCAGAGGAGCAUGGCCCACUGGAAAGACCAGACCACCUGCAAGCUGGCCCGCAAGUUUGAGGAGGAGCUGAAUGCGGAGCUGGAGACGCGCUUCUCCUGGGACAGACCCAGGGGCCUUCGCAGGAGUGGGGAGAGACUGGACGCAGAAAUCGGGCGGCUUGCCACGGACCGGAGCGAGCACACCCAUCUCUGCCCCAACCACUCCUCCUCCACCCCACUCGGGCAGCACGGCUUUGUGUCCUCAAAGCUCCUGCGCCAGCUGCAGGGCCGCGUGAGGGAGCUGCGGGCAGAGAACGCCCUCUACCGCGGGGGCAGCCUGGAGGACCUCGCCGCCCUGCGGGCAGAGCCAGGCCAGCCGGGCAGAGACAAGGUAAUGGGGCCGGCGCUCCCCGCAGCCUGGCCUGAGGGACUAGCCGCGAGCUGCAGGCUGUGACUGCCGAGUUCGGCUGCCCAGGCUCACUGCAGCCAUGUGCUGGGUUCAGCGGCCCAAUCCUCAGAGGUAUUGAGUUGUCUACCGCCUAUUGAAAGCCAUUUAGGUGCCUAAAUACCUUUGAGGACCAGGGCUGAGUGUCUCUAAGCUCCCCUUCCUUCCCUGUCACUGUGGCUUUCCUCAAACCCUCCCCCUGCCCCCGUGUCCUCGUCCCCACCCACUUCCGAAUUGUCUCCCACACUCCCAACCAAAUCGCUUUCCUCCUUCCCCCUCCCUCCGGAAGUUGUCUCUUGGGCUCCACCUGCCACAGGUCGGGAGACCUUCUCACCGAGCUGUGUCAAGCUGCACGGGUGGGAAGGAGCUAAAUUGUUCGGAGCCCAGCUUGCGUGAUUUUUCUCUUUUCCCUGUUCCAGAGGCUCCUGACAGCAGCUCUCUCUUUCCCACAGUUCCAUGGGGCGAGCUGUGGGAAAUAGCGCGUGUAGGAAGUGGGGAACAUGAAGCUGGAGCAGGUGGAAGAGUCGUCUGCUGUGGACAGACAGUGGGUGGUGGAGGCCUGGCUAUGGCAGGGGUGGAGUCACUCUCGACGUCGAGGGUAUCCAGCGGCACAUUCGCUGCGCCCGGGAGUGAGGAAAGAAGCCGAUCAUAUGAGCUUGAGAAGAACCCAGGACGUUCUCCGCUGAGCAACUUGUGUGGACGCGACCCCGUCACGAACUCUGGGCUGCUCUUCAUGCCCCUGGGCUCAGUUUCCUGCUUGGUGAAGCCAAGACCCUUGUUCCCUUCCGAUCAGACCCGUUCAGUCAGUGGGUGAAGACGGGAGUGAUCGGUCAGGGAGGGGAUCUAGGGCACUACUGGAGCCAGGCAGUGACUGUUCAACGCUGGGGCCAGUCCAAUGAGCAAGUCCAGGCAAACACUGGAGCCCAAGUGGAAAAGUCUCCGCUGAUGCCUCAAGGGGUUGAUGCUGCGGGAGGCUGUGAGAGAAGGGGCAGAGAGGGUCUCAUAGCCCCAGGAGUGGAGUGAUGUCUUUUCUGCUAGCAGAGGUGGAGGAGCAUUGCACCUCUGGGCUGAGCGUGGGUGGCUCUGGCAGUUACAGGGCAAAGAGUGCCCGUUGUGGCUGGGGGCAGCGGGUAUUUGUAUGUGUCUGAAGGAUGCCUUGGCAUCCUUCAAACCCUAUCCUGGCUCCUGUGCCAAGCAGGAGGCACUUGAUGCUAAGCUCUUUGGGGCAGGGACUGGGCCUUCCUCCCCGUUUGCACAAGGCAAGUGCUACCAGCAUAUGAAUAAUGAUGUUAACUCAGCAAUCUGCGGGUAAUUACCAAGAUGAUGAUGAUAAUCCCUAGGUCUUCUAUAGCACUUUUCAUCGGCAGAUCUCAAAGCUCUGUAAAAAAGAGGUCAGCUUCAUUAUCCCCAUUUUACACAUGGGGAAAGUGAGGUACGUAAAGAUGAAGUGGCCUGCCCAAGGUCAUCCAGCAGGCCAGCCAAGAAUAGAGCCCAGGUCCCCUGGGGGAGUGUGUGGCAAAUAUUCCAGAAGCACAUGCCUGCUCCUCACAAGAGCAAGCCAAGAAGUCUGGGCACAGCUCUGGCUGGUUGGGCUGCAGAUCUGAAGAUGGCUCAGGAUUCUGCAUCUUGUUUUCAGUGCAGGUUGCGAUCCGUCUGGGUUCCAAGUAGCAGCAGAGCCAUCUUUGCAAUGCCUCCGUGCAGUGCUUUGCCAGCUUUCAAAAUGCAACUGGGGGCAGGUCUGGGUCAGAGUAGCCUAGAUGUCAGGUAUGAGGCCUGAGCGGAGCCAGUCUCUGGGCAGCCUAAUGAGCGCAGCUGGCCUACAGUAGGCUGCCUGAUGGGCUGCAUCCCCCAGUUGGUGGGCAGCGGCAGCAGGCCAGCUGUUAAGCCCAGCACCAGUGGAGUUUGGGAGUUGCUCAAAGCAUUUGCUCAUGGAUGUGCUAGUUCCUAUACCUGCUUGUUUCCAAUCCUACUUGUGCCUUGCCUCAGGCCAGGUAAUCCAGCGCUGACCCUCAGCUCUGAUUUCUAACUCCAGCUCUUCCCCGGGCCACUAGUCUUGGCUACUGACUCCUGUUCUAACCACUAGGCCUGACUGCCCACCCCCCGGUCUCUGAGACUGGGCAGAGGGUGAGUUCCAGGGGCGGUCAGCACUGUGACAUGGUCCCGCUAAACGUGCUCGCUCCACUGCAGCAGUCUUUGUAGAUGUGCUGCUACAGGCUAGCUUCAUUCCCUACACCAGCAUAGUGUGGUUAAUGCCGAGAGGGGGAUGCUAAAGUGGAUGUUGAUCAGUUUUUUUGCCUCGGCGCUUCAAACCGUCUUUAAAAAGCCCCGGGUGUUAGUGAAAGGUAAGCCUUGGCCUCCUCAGGGGCACCACAGCAUUUGUAGAUUUGGCGCAUCCUGAAGCCUAGCAGGCAGAGCACUCCCGAUGCCUUGCAAGCCAUGGUUAACCCACUCGUCCUACCCCCGCCGGCUUGUGACAUGAAUAUACCGGACCAGCACAAUCACGACAGCUGUACCUCUUACUACCUGCAGGGUGUUUCCAACUGCUGUCCAUUGCACGGGACCAGUGUAUUGCACCCAUGGCUGUAGAUACUUUGUAUAUAAAAACAACACGGCACACUC